AUGUGUGAUAGAUAUUCACCAUAUCUUAUUUGUGCAUUUCGCGCAACAAUAAAUUAUGUCAAGGAAACUGUCGAAGAGGGAGCUUAUGGAGAAAUCGAAAAAUGGAAUGGAAACGAUAAACCAGGUCCUCUAUUUAAAGCCACAAUUACACACACAGUUGGAGAUGCGAAGAACAUCCAAAUUGUUGGUGAUCGGCUUACAUUGUUUCCUGUAUCACUCAUAGACAAAAAGAAGUACUUGGCCGUUGAAAUGGCUUCUUGUAUGAUUCCAUUUUCUUUUGAUUCAAUUUCAUAUUAUACAAAAAUCCUCAACUUUUUCGCAAUCAUUCAAACUGAAUUUAAGGAACAGGAGAAGUUGCAUAAGAAAAUCUAUUCUUACAUUCCGAUUGAAAAUACUGAAAGGAUACGAGAUUGGUUGUAUUUACCCGAAGAUUACUUCUUUUAUGACUUAAAACCUAUACCGGAGGAUAUAGACGAAAUUAUUAUUAUAUAA